AUGUUGCUGCGUCCCCUAGUGGCGGACUGUGAUCAUGUGCAGAUGUUGCUGCGUCCCCUAGUGGCGGACUGUGAUCAUGUGCAGAUGUUGCUGCGUCCCCUAGUGGCGGACUGUGAUCAUGUGCAGAUGUUGCUGCGUCCCCUAGUGGCGGACUGUGAUCAUGUGCAGAUGUUGCUGCGCCCCCUAGUGGCGGACUGUGAUCAUGUGCAGAUGUUGCUGCGCCCCCUAGAGGCGGACUGUGAUCAUGUGCAGAUGUUGCUGCGCCCCCUAGAGGCGGACUGUGAUCAUGUGCAGAUGUUGCUGCGUCCCCUAGUGGCGGACUGUGAUCAUGUGCAGAUGUUGCUGCGUCCCCUAGUGGCGGACUGUGAUCAUGUGCAGAUGUUGCUGCGCCCCCUAGUGGCGGACUGUGAUCACGUGCAGAUGUUGCUGCGCCCCCUAGUGGCGGACUGUGAUCAUGUGCAGAUGUUGCUGCGCCCCCUAGUGGCGGACUGUGAUCAUGUGCAGAUGUUGCUGCGCCCCCUAGUGGCGGACUGUGAUCAUGUGCAGAUGUUGCUGCGCCCCCUAGUGGCGGACUGUGAUCAUGUGCAGAUGUUGCUGCGCCCCCUAGUGGCGGACUGA